CAACGGAUCUCUGACGUUUGGUCCAGAGCCGACGACGACCUCUAGCCAAGAAAAAGCUAUCUCUUUUCUCUCUCUCUCUCUGUCUCUCUGUGUUCGUGAGCAAUGAUCUCCCUGAAUCUAUCUGCUUCCCUAAACCCGGGUCUUCUCCACAAGACCCGGCAAAACCCGACCCGUCUAUCUGCUCUUCUCGUCACCGGCGAUAAACCCUUCAGCUGCAGAUACCCUCUAGGGCUUUCACCGAUCCCCAAUCUUCAGAUUCGCGAUUCCGCCGCUAAAAAAUCCUUACUUUCACUCACUAACCCGAAAACCCCAGCUGGGUCGUUCUCGAGAAGACCCAGAUCCAUCGCUGCAGCUGGGUCAUCUGACCCGAGUCCAGACUCCGAUUCCGGCGAAGCUGAGAAGAAGGAGAAGAAAGCGAAGAAUCUUCAGCUAGGGAUCGUGUUCGGCCUUUGGUAUUUCCAGAACAUCGUCUUCAACAUCUUCAACAAAAAGGCACUCAAUGUCUUCCCUUAUCCAUGGCUUCUCGCUUCGUUUCAGCUCUUCGCAGGUUCUAUCUGGAUGCUCGUCUUAUGGUCCUUCAAGCUUUACCCUUGCCCUAAAAUCUCCAAACCUUUCAUCAUCGCUCUACUCGGCCCUGCAUUGUUCCACACAAUCGGACACAUCUCAGCUUGUGUCUCCUUCUCCAAAGUCGCUGUUUCUUUCACUCAUGUCAUCAAAUCAGCAGAGCCUGUCUUCUCAGUCAUUUUCUCGUCUUUCCUCGGCGAUUCGUACCCGUUAGCCGUCUGGUUAUCCAUUCUCCCAAUCGUUAUGGGUUGUUCUUUGGCUGCAGUCACUGAGGUCUCUUUCAAUUUAGGUGGCUUAUCAGGAGCUAUGAUCAGUAACGUUGGUUUCGUCUUACGAAACAUUUACUCUAAGCGAAGUCUUCAGAGUUUCAAAGAGAUUGAUGGACUGAAUCUUUACGGCUGGAUCAGUAUCCUCUCUCUGGUUUAUCUGUUUCCUGUGGCGAUUUUCGUUGAAGGAUCACAAUGGGUUCAGGGUUACCAUAAAGCCAUUGCAUCUGUUGGGAAACCGUCAACGUUUUACAUUUGGGUUUUGCUCUCUGGUGUCUUCUACCAUUUGUACAACCAAUCUUCUUAUCAGGCGCUCGACGAGAUCAGUCCAUUGACUUUCUCUGUAGGGAACACGAUGAAGAGAGUCGUGGUGAUUGUCUCCACGGUUAUUGUUUUUAGGAAUCCUGUUAGGCCUCUGAAUGCUCUUGGAUCAGCCAUUGCGAUUUUCGGUACCUUCUUGUAUUCUCAAGCCACGGCGAAGAAGAAGAAGAUUGAUGUUGGAGACGAUAAGAAGAACUAAGGGUUUAGUUAAAGCCUUUUCAUUAUCCCUCAGUUUUGUUGUUUUUCAUCUUUUUAUGAUACUAGAAUCUUCACUUCUGUUUUAGUUGCUUUAAAGACUUUUAUCUACUCAGUUCUUGUCUGAUUCCUUUGAUAUUAUGAAUUUGGUUUGAUUCUGAGAAGAGUUAAAAUUU